AUGGGUUCUCCACGUGUUGCGGUCCCCAAACCGGGACCGGCAAAGCUGACGCCUGGUGCGGGCUUGGAUGAAUGGCUCGAGCAAGCUAAACAAUGUCGUUAUCUACCCGAGCCAGUCAUGAAAGAGCUUUGCGAAAUGGUUAAGGAAGUCUUGAUGGAAGAAUCAAACAUUCAACCCGUAAUCACCCCAGUUACCAUCUGUGGUGACAUCCAUGGACAAUUCUACGAUUUGCUCGAGCUUUUUCGCGUCAGUGGCGGCAUGCCAGGCCAACCUGCCACAGAACCCCCCGCAUCCUCCACUUCUGUCAUCACAUCAGCCGAUAUCGAGCCUCCGACAGAGAUCACAAAUCCGAAACUGAAGAAAAAGAUAAAGAAGCCAAAAACCACGAUUGGAGACGUUCCGGGACUGCCUAGUGACGAAUCUACCAAUGUAGAAGAGGAGGAGGAAGAAGGCAACGAUUCUGGGCAGCGCAAUUCCUCAGACUCUGCGUCACCAGUCGUAAAUGCUGAUACCCGUUUUGUGUUCUUGGGCGAUUUUGUGGACCGAGGAUACUUUAGUCUCGAGACCUUCACACUACUUAUGUGUCUAAAGGCCAAAUAUCCGGAUCGGAUUGUCCUUGUCCGUGGAAAUCAUGAGUCUCGUCAGAUCACUCAGGUAUACGGGUUUUACGAAGAGUGCCAACAAAAAUACGGAAAUGCAUCUGUUUGGAAGUCUUGCUGUCAAGUCUUUGAUUUCCUGGUUCUAGCAGCCAUUGUGGAUGGUGAAAUACUUUGUGUUCAUGGGGGUCUGAGUCCCGAAAUCCGCACCAUUGACCAGAUCCGCGUGGUGGCCCGAGCACAAGAGAUCCCGCAUGAGGGUGCGUUUUGUGAUCUUGUCUGGAGCGAUCCUGAAGAAGUCGAGACUUGGGCUAUUAGCCCAAGAGGCGCAGGAUGGCUUUUUGGUGACAAGGUAGCGACGGAAUUUAACCAUGUCAAUGGAUUAAAAUUGAUUGCCCGUGCUCACCAGCUCGUUAACGAAGGUUAUAAGUAUCACUUCCCACAAAACUCGGUUGUCACAGUCUGGUCAGCGCCAAACUACUGCUAUCGUUGUGGAAACGUGGCUUCUAUCAUGUCAGUUGAUAAGAACCUGGACCCGAAGUUUAGCAUAUUCUCGGCUGUGCCUGAUGAUAUGAGGCAUGUUCCUGCGGGACGACGUGGGCCAUCUGAUUACUUCUUAUGA